GUCUGCGGGCGCCGACGGGGCGGGCGCCACGUCGGCAGCUGGGAAGGCGCAGGACUAAAGUCUGCGGCGGAGCGGAGCGGAAUACAGCCUUGGUCAGCCGAGCCGGCCGUGUUCGCCGGGCGGUGUAUGCAAAAUACUUCUUUGGAAGCAGCAAACUAGAAACCUUCACGGAGGAGCAUAUUUGCAGGGAGCCUGAAGAGGAACCUUCCUUAGGAUCCACUGCAGUCUGGUGACCAGGGGACUCUGUUGCAAAGUGGGACGUAUGAGCUUGAAUCUUAAUAGACAAAGGAGGCAUUGAAUUGUAGGGAAUAAUGAACCAAAUGGAUAAAAAUCAACAGGAAGUCCCAUCAUACCUUCAUGAGGAGCCUCCAGAAGGUUCAUUAAAAGACCACCCACAGCAGCAGCCUGGCAUGCUUUCUCGUGUGACUGGUGGCCUCUUCAGCGUCACAAAAGGAGCUGUUGGUGCCACGAUUGGGGGUGUUGCUUGGAUUGGAGGAAAGAGCUUGGAAAUAACCAAAACAGCGGUCACAUCUGUGCCUUCAGUGGGAGUGGGGCUGGUCAAAGGAAGUGUGUCUGCUGUAGCUGGAGGUGUUACAGCUGUAGGAUCUGCUGUUGCAAGUAAAGUGCCUUUAACGGGAAAGAAAAAGGAUAAGUCUGACUAAAACCAAAACUGAGACAUAGUCAAUUCUCCCAAAUAUUGCAUCAGUGGCAUUUAAGUCUGCUCAGAUUUGGACCAUGAGAAGCCAUGUGUCUUAGACACUCUUAUCUUCUAAAGAGUUGUGCAAGUAACUCAAUUUCAUCUGAAAAUGACAGAAGGAGCUUGGCUAGCACACCUAUGAAGAUUUGUUAGAGCCUAGAUUGAAGCUUUGUAUCGGGUGAAAUGUUACACUUGAUAACUAUAGAAGUAAGUGUAUCUGAAGGGAUAAUGCAUAUUUGAAUAUUCAUUUACUGAAAGGUUUUUUUGCAGCUUUGGACUAAAAUGUGAACAUAGAAACUCAGUGGUCCCUGCCAUACCAUCAGUAUGAUGAGAUGCCAUUUACCGUUCUCAAUGGUUUCCACGUCCUCCUGCUAUGGAUCCUUCGGCUGCAGAACGACGUCACCAGACAUACCCCAAUAGUUUGGGUUGGGAAACUGUAUUUGCAGGCAGCCUGUAAAUGAUCCGUAACCUCAGAACUGGACGUGUGCAGAAACUGGAGAGCAGGAGAUAGAAGUGAGAGAGACUUGAUGAUGUGGUAGAAGGGAUUAUAAAGAAUAAAUGAAGUUAACGCCUUAUUAAAAAAAACAAAAGUAUCUUUGUACUGGGUGAAGCUGUGUAAAGACCUUUCCUGUCGUUUCAGCGCCAUUCACAGAAUGAGCUUCAGACUUGAUAGCUGAAACCUUGUCAGUUUUUACUGAAAAUAAGAUUGCUCCAUCUCAGGUGUAUUUAAUGAUACGCAUCUAUCUCCAGCAAGUGGAAACUUGCUUCUAGUAAGCCUCUUACAAGCGCUAGGGAAAAUGAUGGCAUAAUGGAAACUGGACUGAUGUUUGCAGUCGUCUAGAUCAACGGUCUGACUUGAAAUAAAUUCCUUUUUGUACAGCUGGGAACCACUGAAGAACUAGCAAAGCUGUUGCCUCAGCUCUACAGUGUGCCAGGUGAGCUGCUGGCUCUGUUUAAGCAAAUGCAAGGAAUUUUUCACUACAUCUUUCUCUUAUACUUUGCAUUUUGAUUUUGGAGUAAAAUGCAAUACUUUUAUUUAAAACAAAAAAAAAAAAAAAAGAUGAGGCCUUAAGAGAAAAAAAAAAAAAAAAACAUCCACUUGUAUACUGACAGAGUCCCAACAUCAACACACCUCAGAUGGGAACAUCUGGAGUUCCUCUACAGCGUGUGAGGCAAAAUGCACUUGUAACAGCACAUCUGAGGCUGCCUUAAAAUAGAAGCUGUUGGUGAUCUCUUUUUUUUUUUUUUGUGUGUGUGUACUGACUUUGCAAAUAAGUAACCUCUUUGGAAGCCCAUAGAAGGCAGCUGUGAAUGUUAACCAGUAUUUUCUAAAACCUUGUGUUCCUCCAGAGAACUUCUGAGCAUGUAAGUUUCCUUUUUCAGUGGCUGUGGGUGUACAAGAAGGACAUAUAGAGAGACCUUAUAGAAACUUUAAAAAAAAAAAAAUCAAAACAUGUCACUUGUCUAAACUUGGUCCCAUAUUGGUGGGCAUUGAAAGUACACUAUGUGUAAAUUAUGGUACAGGAGUUGCUAUGUCUCUGAGCCAUUUGUACUUCAGCUGCACUCUGCAACAACUUUGAUGUUGGUAACUGUCUAUGUUGGCAGGAUGGUAUUGGUCAGCACAGGGACUGGGGAGGGAGAGCCAAAACCCAGCAAAUGCUCCUGCUCCUUUCCUUUAGUGCACCAACUGCUUAGCUCCAGUCUGCCACAGGGAUGUAAGGAAAUAAGUUUGUGCAACAAAUGGAAAGUAUUACCUGGCUGUUAAAAGGUAGUGGCAUAGAAUAUGGUGUGGUGUAAGGAUACCAUUUAGCUCUAGAAAAGAGCUGUCUUGGGCAUCAGAGGCCACCUGGCUGCAGCAAACCGUGUAGCAUGGUCUGCUCCCCUGUGGCUCCCAACAUAUCCUGCCACUAAACUCUGAAAUGUCACCUGUUUGGAGCACAGUGGUAUUGGUGACACUCAACUGAAUCCUUCCCAAUCGUCUUCUGGAAACAUAAAUGUCAUACCCCUUUUUUUUAAUGAUGUUUUCUCAUUUUUAUACUAUGAAACUUGCUGCAAGCAAGUGUGGUCUGAGAUAAGCAAUGUUAGAUCUGUAAAGAGCUGCCAACACUUUAUUAUGGUUUUUUUUCUUAACAUACUCUGUAGUUCUUAGUUCUCAAUCUUGUAACUGAAGCUUUAACAUGGUGUAUGGUUUUAGUUUUCAGAAAGAGCUUUGUCCUAUAUCCUGCCUAUUUUCCAUUCACUUACGAAACUUGCUUUGUCUUAAACUUGUUCUAAUUCUGUCCUGACACUUGUUAAACAUUAAAUUGUUGCUGUUUCAGAUAUUUGGGAGCUUCUUUAGUUGAUUUGUGGAGAAACGCAUACUUGGGUAUCAGUCUUCCCACAGUAUCAUGCCCCAGAGUGUCUUUUACCUGCAUCUAAAUUGUGCCAACCAGCUCUUAACAAACACUGUAACUACUCUGUGUAGACUAUGCAUAGACACAACACAGAAUCUCUUGUACUAAAUUCUCUUUUUUCAUGGGUACUAAGGCUUGGGGAUACCCUCUUUUUAAGAUGAAGUAUGGAACUGAGUUUUUCAGGGGAAAGUGGGGUUGCUCUUGUCUUGGGGUUGUUUUUGUGGUGGUUUUAUAUUGCUCUCCUUUUCCCAGCCCCUGUUUCAAAAGGGGAAAUGUUUGUGAAGACUGAUAUGUAUGCCUGGCUGCUCAGUAUGUCAUGAAAGGCUUGUCCACAGGCUUUUAUCUGUCAGACUAGACUUUAACAGUAUAAACUGGUUCACAUUCACUGUAACAGCAAGAGAUGAGGAAGCAGACUUCAGCAACACAUUUUGGUAGCUGGGAGCUUCCCAGAGGUUUUACUACAAAUGAAUCCCGUGAAGAAUAGAGAAGCAAGUCCCAGGUGUAGAGUUGUGAAUAAAGGACUGAAUAAGUUUCUGUCUGCCGGUAGAGAAAAGGAGCCUUUCUGCUUAUGCUUUUGUUUUGGACUGGGAGGAAGAAGUUUCAAGAUUUGGAAUGGCAAGUGAUUUUGUGGUAACUCCGCCUGUGACUCAGUUAAGGAAGUAUGUCACUGCUGGUUUGUUGUCCGUUGCCACUGGAAAUGCUGUGAGUGGUGGGAAUACGCCCUUUCAGGAAGGUUAAAAACAUACCUGUAGAAAGGCUGAAACUAAAUUUUCAGGGAAAAGGCUAUUCUACAUCUUUGUUUCCUUUUCAGUUCUGUGGUUCGGCCUUACAAGACUGUAUUAUGAAUAGCUUCAGAGAACUGAAAUGCCCCCUUGUGUCUGAGGGGAAGGAGGCUUUUGAAUGCAAAUAGUAUUGUGGUCUGCUUUAAUAGCUGAGCACUGAGGUACAGCCAGAAAGUGACAAAGACAUCUUCCUGUGAAUUUUUAGUAUGGCUAUCUUCCCAGUGUCCUCUUAAACAGUAACAUGUUUGGAAAAGUCAGCAAAGACAUGGCUUAGUACUGCAGCCUGAAUUCCAUCGUGUUGGUGCUACAUGCCUCUGCUUGAAUUCUGGCCAGGGUCACAUGUGCUCCUGUAAGUGUGAUGUUUCCCCCCUGCCCCAGGCUGCUCUCACAUCCACACUCGCCAGCAUGGCCAUCGGCUUAAGACCUUCAGCUGUUGAGAUCUUGGCACUGCCCCAACCAGAUGUUUCUGGCCCUUUCCAGGCUCGCAGUGGAUACCGUGACAGGCUAUAUCAAAUCAUCAUCUCACAGCCCACCCUCUAAACAAGUAAUUCAAUGCUGGCUUUCCUCAGCAAUUUAAAACUUUCCUUUAAGAAACCCUGGACUUGCUGCCAAAAUGUCUGUUAAAAAAUGACCUUGAAGAAUGGCCCAGAGCACGGGGGGUGUGGAACUGGCUUUUUUCUCCUGCUGACACGAGGGAACAUGUACAGACUAGUUGCUUAGGAAACUGUUUCUGAGAAAGGAAAUCACUGGUGAUCCUGAUACUAUUGAGAUGACCGUCAGGGAUGCCACUAUUUUAUAUUAUCAUUCCACAGCCUGUAAAUGAAAAUAAAUAAAAUCCCCCCAAGGACUUAAACACUGUCAGAGUUACUAUUUUGAAAGCCAGCACUUGUCAACAAUUGCCAUACGGUGUUAUCUGAGAAGCAGCAUCACCCAUAUAUUUAGAAACCGUGGCAGCUGUUUGCAAAUCUGGUAGUCAUUUUUAAUCACCAGUGGUUUGCAGACUAGACUUCUGUUACACCUAAUAUAAAAGCACAACUUCUUCCUUUCUCCUACAGCUGUCUUGAGACUCACUUCAGUCUCUCCCUUGCACUUUUCACUCCCCUCUUGGACAAGAGCAAGAAACGUAUUUCUUCCUGCCCUAAGUCUUUUGCAAAAGGAGUAAAUUUUGAAUUCUUAGAAAUGUAAAGGAGGUUGUCUUAACAGCUUCUUUACAGUAGGGCCUUGCUGGA